CGCAAAAGACUCUGGAUGCGACCGUUUUUUAAAGCCAAAGAUCGCUUAGCUUAUCCAAAUGACAUUUUAAAUAGCGGUUUUUUGGAUGCUUUUCGAAUGAGUAAUAAUGAUCUUGAAAAUCUAUUAAAUAUGGUGGCUCCUUCAAUCGCGAAAUUGGAUACCAAUUAUAGACAAUCAAUUUCACCUAAAAAUCGGUUACUUAUAACACUCCGAUUUCUAGCCAGCGGUGAUUCAUAUCAGAGUCUUGUGCUAACGUUUAAAGUUUCGCAACCAAGUAUUUCUUGUAUAAUUCCAGAAGUAUGCAGUGCACUUAUAUAUUCUCUCAAGGAUCACAUAAAAAUGCCAAACACGGAAGAAGAAUGGCUGAACAUUGUAAAAGAUUUUGAACUGAUGUGGAAUUUUCCCCACUGUCUGGGUGCAAUUGAUGGGAAACAUAUAAAUAUUAGAGCUCCAAAUAACAGUGGGAGCACAUACUUUAACUAUAAGGGAGUUCACAGUAUUGUCCUGAUGGCUGUAGUGGAUGCGAAUUACAAUUUUAUGUACUGCGAUGUUGGCUGCCAAGGUCGUAUUUCUGACGGUGGUGUGUUUGGAAAUACUAUUUUGAAUUCCAUGAAUGUACGAGGAAUCCCAAGAGAAAAUGCGUUACCUGGCAGAAGUUGUCUCACACCAUAUGUUUUUAUAGGUGACAAUACCUUUCCUAUGUCAGAAAAUUUAAUGAAGCCAUUUCUCGAAUUGGGGAGAAAAGGAUCAAAGGUGCGAAUUUUUAACUAUAGGUUGAGCAGGGCUCGCCGAAUGGUAGAAAGUACGUUCGGCAUUUUAAGUGCAGUAUUUCGCUGUCUUCGAAGGCCGUUUCAUUUUCAACCGAAAAAUGUGGAAAAUAUAGUGUUAGCUACGACUUAUCUUCACAACUAUUUAAGAAGGAAUUGCGUAAGUUAUAAGUCUUUAGAACUACGCUAUUCAAAUAACAUAAAUGAGAGUGUGGAUUCCGAAAUAAUACAACCGGCGCAAAUUCAGUCAUCUAUACAAUUCCACAGUUUACCAAGUCCAGCUGAACUAGUGAGAGAAGAGUUCGCUGAAUAUUUUUGUUCUAAAGAAGGUAUGGUUAGGUGGCAAUACAAGUAUUGUUAAAUAAUUGACUUUCAAAAUAUUGGGAGAGUAGGUAUUUAGCCAGUCAUGUCGAGUUUUGUAUUGGAAUAAAACCCUGCACACUAACUAUCUACUGUGUAAGUUGUAUUAAUAAAGGUUUUGAGUAUGUAA